GUUUGAGAUUAGUUUCGCAAUAUGGAUCUGCGAUUUAUCAUUUUAAUUUUGAUUGAUCUUGCUUGCUGGGGGGAGAUGGCAGCUUGUGCUAAUUGUGCCAAUGACCUGACUGUUGAUUUGACUGAAGCGAGGAUUGAAUUCGUGAAGCAACAGAUCCUGAAGAAAUUACGGCUGAGUAAAAAGCCAGCUGUAGCGGUUCCUGUGAACAGUCUGCCGAUGCCUGUGGCUCAGGGACAGACGCUGAGCCAGGGUACAGAUAAGCCGUCAGAAAUUGACGACUACUACGGCAGAACAGAACAGAAGAUCAUAUUUCCUGUUGAAGGAGAAUGUUUGACGUCUGGCAGAUACCCAUUCACGUGCUUACAGUUCGAACUACCUCCGGAUGUGGAGCCAGAAGAGGUUACCGUCGUUGAGCUCUGGUUCUUCAAGGAACGUGAUCCAUUAGACGAGUACAAUCAGACGUUUGUGAUAUCUGAAGCAGCACACUGGGACAGCCAGCAGCAGUUCAAGAAGACGAAGCCAAUAGCCAUCAAGGAGACGGAUAUUGGUGAAGGAUGGGUCAGAGUUGAGCUGGCGUGGGCUGUCAGGGUCUGGCUGGAAGGAAGAGAGAGGCUUCAUACUCUACAUGUGGCUUGCAGGACUUGUCAGCUUCGCCGCGCCCCAUUGUCCUUCCACGAGAAACAUCGACCCUUUUUGGUGCUGUACACCAAGUAUGCUGGUAAACGACGCAGAGGUCGCACCCUGGAGUGUGGGGCUACCACUAGCGAAUGCUGCAGAGAACCCCUCUACGUCAGCUUCAGGGAGUUGGGAUGGGACGACUGGAUUAUCAGACCUACAGGCUACCAUGCCUACUUCUGCAAAGGAACGUGCCUUCCUAUAUCAGGGGUGACAAAAGCAGAUAGUUAUCAUCAUAAUAUAAUUAGGAAAUACUUCUACGCUAUAUCAAAUGACCGUAAGGCAGAAUUCAAGCCAUGCUGCGCACCCACAACGUUCAGCUCGUUGCAACUACUCUACAUGGAUUCUAACAAUACAGUGACACAAAAAACUCUACCAAAUAUGGUGGUAGAGUCUUGUGGCUGUAUGUGAUUACGGUAGAAAGAUUACGUGGGAUAAUAGAGAAGAAACUACUACCGGUUGAUCCUGAAACUGCCCAACUUGGUUAUUUAACCAAGGGGGUAAGUGUCAUUAUGGUAGCAAGAUUCUGAGAAGAACUAGAGGUUUUGGUGGGAUUUCUACGAAUUUGUAACAUAAUGAAGAUUCAAGAACACUUGGCUAAAACAUGAUGUGGAUUCCUUUAAGGCCAGUAAUGUGAAGUUUUGUAUAGCUGGAAGCUAUUCAUUUACAACAUGCUGUGAACAGUGAAUGGAAUAAAUGUUCCUGAAAUGUGUUUUGGAUAGAACAGUGACGGAAUAUUAGAUUGUCGGUGAAAUUUCUACUUCUGUGAAUUAUUUGGAGGUAUUUGAAUAAUAAUAAGCUGAAGUGAUUGCUAUUAAAAUUGUGCUGUAUUUGCCAUAGUUCUCAAACUUAUUUUUGAUGAGUAUGUUAUGACUUCAAGCUGAACUGUUACGUAAUUUUUCCGUACCACCUUUAAAAUUGGUAAACACUGGUGAGAUAUUAAGGAUAAAUCGGUAAUCAAUUCUCGUCGUAAUUAUGUAGAAGAUGUGUUACUUAAUUUUUAUACAAAUUUCCCAAUAAAUAAAUUAAGUGUGGAUAAUAUAUCACCGCACUGUGUGGUUCAUUCGUAAGCUAAGCGCAAGCCCCAACAGGUCAACCCACGCGUAUAAUCCGUGCGUCUGAUGUAAUGUAAUAAUUAGUGUGUUGAAAUGUAAUUUUUUUAAUUUUCAAAAUGUUUCAAGAGCCGAAUUCGUAAUAAUUAUUAUCUAUAGAAAAAAAACAUCAAAAAAGACAGGUUGGGUGCUUAAUUAACGAUGCAUUAUUUGAAGUAUAACUUUUGACUUCUAAUGAGAUUCAAAAUCGUAUGACUAAUGACGACCGCAAUUACAAUGGCGCUCUGAACUUUCCAGAACCCUGAGCGACGCUGCAUUGUAAUGGUCAGGGCUUAUCCCUUGCUAUAAGCUGAACUACUUGAUGGUCUUGUCACUAUUUCUCAUUAAAAAAAUUUUGAUAGCCUGUUUUCUAUUAAAAAUUUUGAAAAUUGAAGUAUUCACUUGAAAAUUUAAAAUAAUGUUACAGUGUGGCAUUAUCGUAUCUUGUAUCUGGACGAUUUUGCGUUCAUCUGCUUUUAUGUUUUACCGUUACAUUCUUAUGUUGAAUGAAUGCCCUUAAAUAAAAUUAAUUUCGCUCACUAUUGCUACUUAUUUUAUUGUGAUAUUUUGUUUACGGUUUUAUAUUUAAGUUACUAUUGUGAUCUUAAUAGAUAACCUUAUUAACGAUUGGCAUUUGUUGUGAUUAAUUAUUUAUUUUGCCAUUUAAAGUUUAAGUUUAGAGUUAAUUUUUUUAUUAAGGUAUUUGAGAUAAGUAUUAAGAUGUAGCUAAAUUUGGUAGGAGUUUGUGUAAAUUUGUGAUAUAUUCGCACACAAAUUAAUAUUUCGCAAUAAGCCAUUUUAUUUUUGAGUUCGAGUCAUAGAAAUAGAAUAAACUUGCGGAUAGAUGAACUGACAGACCGAUAAUGCCUGAUCAAUUUUGAAUUGGCAGUGUGUGUGUUAUUUAGUAGUUCCAAAAUACUAAGGAGCUAAUGCGUGGCUGACUGUUUACGACUUGUCAAUCAAAGCCGGUUACAAUAAACAAUCUCUUUCUUUUUGUGUGUGCUUAAAAUUUACAAAAAAUAAUUAUUUUUAUUUUGGUAACAAGCAGUCAUAAAAUUUCAAUUUUAAUAUUUUAUUAUUACUAUAGAGAAUACAGUGCCAAAAAUUACAAUGUUAAAUUACAUACCUAAUGCGUGGCUGACUGUUUACGACUUGUAAAUCAAAGCCGGUUACAGUAACAAUCUCUUGUUUUUGUGUGUGCUUAAAAUUUGCAAAUAUUUUAUUUAUUUUAUUUUUAUUUUGAUAACAAACAGUCAUAAAAUUACAAUUUUAAUAUUAUAUUAUAACUAAAGAGAAGACGCAUAGUGCCGAAAAUAACAAUGUAAAUUUACAUACCUAAUGCUAAACAUAAAUAUUAACAACAAACGUAAUAAUAUCAUAAGUUUAAAUAUUUUAUUCCCCAUUAGUAACAAGAUUACAUAAGUUUAAGAAUUAAUUUAUUUCUUUAUAAGAUAUAUAUAACAUCCAAAUCAGAAAAUUCUUUAAUAUAGUAAUUGAGUGCUCGUGGUAUAUAGCUAUUCAAAGUAUAUUUUUUGUGUGAUGUAGUGGAACAAAAAUUUUAAAUAAUUUUCCCAUUAGCAUUACGAAUUGAAUGCUGAGAAAACAAACGAAUUUUAACUUAAUAAUAAAAAUGGGAGGCUCCUUUGCACAGGAUGCCGACUAGAUUUUUGGAUACCACAACGGUGCCUUUUUCUGCCGUGAAGCAGUAAUGUGUAAUGUGUUUCGGUCUGAAGGGCACCGUAGCUAGUAAAAUUACUUGGCAAAUGAGAAUUAACAUCUUAUGUCUCAAGGUGACGAACACAAUUGUAGUGCAACUUUUUGGGUGUUUCAAGAAUCCUGAGUGGUCCAACGUCUUACUCGUCUCGUCCCUUACUGUCAUAAUAAAAGUAAAUUAUAAAACAAUCUAAGAAACAGAACAGCUUAAAAAUAAGGGAAUAAUAAUUGAUUGAAUUGAAUUUUGCCAUGUAAAUAAUACGUGUAUGUCGGACACAGGACACGAUAUGACCGCGUGUUUGUUAAGUAAAAUAAUCGUAAACAAAUGUAAUAAAUUAAUUGAACUAUGUUGUCGAUAACGUUGUAGAAAGCGAAAAGUAAGGACUUUGCUCUCGGUAACUUCGAUAUCUACAGGGCAUUGUGUUGUAUUUUUAAAACGCAUUUCUAGUUAUAAAUAAUGCUUUGGUUUUCGGUUGAACGCAAGCAAAACGACAUUGCCCUAAUCAAAUUAAUUGUUAAUAAAUAAACAAUGAUCAAUUUAAACAUUGUGUUAAACUGUGGAUGAACUCAUUAAAAUGAUAUUUUGUUUUAAAUAUUUAAUUAUAAAAAUGCUAGAAUUUGUUGCUGUUUAUAGACAGAUUAAGAUAUUUUUAUAACAAUCCUGUAGGCUAAACUAUAAUAUUUUACGAUUGCAAAUAUCGUGAUAUGAGGAUUUAACUUUCUGGAUUCUUCUGGAUGUAUUUCAACUUACUAAUAAUUUAAGUUUAAUGUAAGUUAAUGUCUAAGUUAACAAUUUUCGUUACUGUGUUUUGGUAUACGUCAAAAGUUUACUGAAAUAUUUCGAGUAUGAUAAAUUAUCAUAUAAUUUAAGUAGUUAAUUCGAAAUAGCACAUGUAGGAUAGAUGAUUAAACUGUAUAUAAUAUAUGAUAGGAAGUAGAAGUGUAAUUUAAAUUUAAUUAUUAAUAUUAUACGGGAAAACUAUAUUUUCUAUAAUUCCUACUCCACUCGAUUUGUUGAGAUCCUUGUUAAAAUUUUCUUAUGGUUGUUAUACUUUAUGUAACAUUAAUAGAAAUCUUAAGAAGAAGUUACUAGAAUUGACAAGUACGCACUAAAAGUCGUCACACAGGUGACUUAUGUGAGAGCACCAGCUAGUUAGUAGUGAUUUAGUAUUCAUCGGAAGGGUGGCCAUAAAUAUGGUGUAGUUCUGUAUAUCUAACUUCAGAGACUCCAUUCAAUCAAAAUAUUACAUUUAAAACUCCUUUUUAUUUUAAAUAAAAUACUCAUAGGACUAUUUUUUUUUGUGUGUUAGUGACAGGCUUACGUGAUAUGAAUGCUUAAGGGCCAUACCGAAGAUCUUAAGAAAUUUACUUUUAUUUUUGUCACAGAUCAACUAAAAUUUAGGCGGCUUGAUCGAGACGGGUCAUAUCUAUGUGGUCGUUAUCUCAUUCAUCACGGGGAGAGUUCCAAAAAACUAUUUCACUUGAUUCCUGCUGCCAAAUUCCUUAAUUAACGCUCCAAUUUCUAAUAAAAUUUUUACCAUCUGGCCGUGUGUGUAGAUAUACUGAAUAUAUAUAGAUAUAUGUACAAUUAAAUUGUAGGAUGAAAACCCCUGCGUGGUAUUGCCCAGGGCGAUACGACAUGGGUACCUUCAAUAAAACCAUUGUGUUAUUAAAAAUAACUUCUGGUUUGCUAGUUGUAUGGGUACUUGUGCUCACUUAUCGUCGAGUUACCCGUGCUCUCUGUCUCGUGUGUCCUUCUAUUACUCUUCUUAUUCUAAUGUUACGUGUGAUUCUUAUUCUUACGAGUUUCAAUGUACUUAAUGUUAUUGGAUUUAUAAGUAGUAGUCUAGUAUUAUAGUUAGUAAGAUUAUUUUUUUUACAAGUCUAGAAAAAAUGUUUUUUGAGGGUAGUUCAAUAAAUGACAGGACAUUACUUUCAAACGGUGUUUCUUGAUGAUGGAGCUGUACAAAAUUAUAGUUAACAGAUCACAAACAUUCCAUCAUGCCUGUCUCCCGGAGCUUGAUCAUGUCAACAAGUCAUAGACGAAGUUAUAUUGAGUGCAUAAACUAAUCGGACACUCCUAAUACUUUUUCUACCAAACAUAUUUAAACCUUAAAUAAUUUAUACAUCUAGAUAGUCUAUAGAGCCUCUUGCUGCUAAACACCCGAUGAAAACAGGUCGAAUUUAUUACUUUAGUGUGCGUGACACGCUACGUCCUACACUCGCGAUUUGUAUGUCACUUUGUGUUAGUGUGCGUGUAUUGCUCAAAAUAUAGGUUAACUGUUAACCUCAUUUUUUAUUCAAUGUUUUCACAGCUAUCACAGUCUUUAUUCUAGAUGCAUAACUGAUCUAAGAUCACAGCAUCGUAAGCAGUCGCUACUGUCUAUUGUGAAUUUAAAUAAUAUCUAUGUUCAAAUAAUGUUAUCUGGAUGUGUUAUCGAAAAGAAGAAACAAACUAGCCUUACCUAGCUAUACCAUGAUUAGAUUUGAUCGUGCUAUAAACACGAUUAGAUAAUUUGAUCGUGGUCUAAACAUGAAAAGAUAGAUGAUCGUGGUAUAAACAUGAUUAGAAAAUAUGACCGUGGUAUAAACAUGAUUAGAAAAUAUGAUCAUGGUAUAGACAUGAUUAUAUAUGAUCGUGGUAUAAACAGUUAGGGUACCUACCUACUGACAAAAGAAUGUCGAGGUAAAGGGUAAUUUUUGCCACAGAUACUGGCGCGAUUGUUUGUAUGUGUGUAUCAGCUGUUGAUGGCCGACAGAAAUAAUUUACAAUUCGUAAUAUGCCCGUCAAAAAACGUCUUGUAUAUGACAUGAUAUAGUUAUGAACUUGCUAUCGAUUACUUAGAACAGCAUCAAAUAUAAGUUCUGAUUUACUUUUAUGAUAAUAUGUUCAUAAAUUAGUACUAAAUUUAUUUUUAAAUUACGCGAGAAUCUAUAUAAUAUUGUGUCCUUAAGAGAAUAUCAAGAACGUCAUCAUUUAAAUGUAAUAUAAAAUAAUUAUUUUUUUUUAUUAUUAAAAGUCGUAUACAAAUCAUACGAUGCAUAUAACUUAAAUUAUGAAGGUCAUAAUCCAUUAGAGCCAAACGGCGUCCUAUCUGAACCGCACCAUCAUUCCACGUCCACUGCGUACCAAAACGUGGGUCAACGCACGCCGUCGAAAUGCAAGUUAGCAUCCAACGCUGGCCACUGAGGCUGAGAUCUAUAGAGCGUACUUAGACUUUGCUUUGACUUUACUUACGUAGAACUAAGCUGAUACUCAGCUUCAUUUGACAGCUGAAAUUAUGUUGAGAUUAAGAAAGACAGCCAUUGGGCUGUUCAAAAGUCGAGUUCAUGUUUUAUCACACCCAGCAAAGUUUUACGUGAGUAAAGUCUAAGUACGCUCUUAUGGAUCUCAUUCUUAGAUCCGUUACUUGCAAUAGAUUCUUAACAAGUGGAUAGCGGUGUUAAUAUUGUGAGCGUAUAUCCAUACAGGUAGGUAUAUGCAUAUUGUACAAAAAAGAAACCGCAAGAGAUUGCGGUGCAGAUCGGGUGGUGGGUUGAUGUAAUGAGUUAUGACCCUAAAGCACCAAAAUAUAUAACAUGUCGUUUACAAGGUAAAAUAUCUUUUUCAAUUAAACUUGAUGUUUAUAUUACCUAUCACAUACUAUGUUAAAAUACAUCAAGUGGUAUAUAUAUCUAUCAUAUUUCAAUAUAGGGUGGUCUAAAGAUGAACAUAUUGAUAAGGUUUUGCUCACUGUUUAGACUUUAGAGUAAUAUUCUUAGUUUCAUUAUUAGAUAAUUUAUAUGUCUAGAUCUUGCUGUGACAAAAGGUCAGGUUUAUCACUUUAGUGUGCUUUAUUUUAGUGUAUAUGUGUUGCUGAAAAUAAAAGCUAACAGUUCGCCGAUAUUUUUUUACGCUUUCACAGCUUUUGAGUCUAUCUAGACGUAUAGAUUAUCUAAGAUUUUAAUAUAUCUGCCACAGUUUAACAAAGUUGUAUCCGACACUGUAAAAAUAAUAGCUGUAUGCAAAAUAUUGUUCUAUAUUUAUUGACAAAUGGUUAAAUAUUUACCGAAUACAACAUAAUUACAAUAAAA